AUGCUUUCAACUAGCUUAAUUCCAAAUUCUAUUAAAUCUCAAUAUUCUGAAUUAGAAAAAGCUCAAUAUUGGUAAAAUUUAGGAGACGAUCAAAAUAUUGCUCUUUUUUGCUCAAUAAUCCAUUAUUUUUUGAACUAGAAAAAUUUUAGGCCUAUUUUGAGAUUUUUGAAUAUAACAGAUAAAUGCUAAAAAGCUGAAUUUAGUUAAUUACACAAAAUAAUUAUUCAAAGUUUAGAAGCAAUUAAUCCAAUUUAAUAAUUUUUUGAUUAUGUAUCCUAAAAAUAAAGGAAUAUAAGUGAAAUUGGAUAAUUUUUCGUUGAACUUUGUAGAAUACAUCUAUUAAAGAAAUAAGAUAAACCAAAUUUAAAUGGUUUGGCACUUUUUUUCUAAACAAAGAUCAUAUUUUUACAUAAUAAAAAAAAAUAUGGUUCAGGAUAGAAUGAAAUUUUAAUAUUAUAAAAGUCUAAUAGCUUUUAUUUUAUUUUACCUUCUCCCUAAUUUCGAAAUUAACCUCAAUAAGAAUGUAAUAUAUGUAAUCAAAUUGAAAAUUGUUUCAAAAUGAAUUGUCUUCAUUACUUGUGCUUGAAAUGUAUAUAAUUUUCAAAAUAAAAUUCUUAAAAUGAAUACUUCCUUUGUAAUUGUGAUUAGAUAAUUUUAAAGAAUAAGUUUUUGGAAGAUGCAAUAGAAGAGAUAAAAAACAAUUAAGUAAUAAAUAAUUAUAUAACAUCAAUAAAUAAAUAUUACGAGUCCAUUUUAGUAGAAGAUCAGUUGAAAGAAGAAUAAGAAAUAGUAAACGAUCCUGUUUAAAUGGAAGAGAUUUCUAAUGAUAAGGUUCGAAAUUAAGUAAACAGAUAAAAUAAUUAGUAUGAAUUAUUAAAAUCAGAUGGAUACUUAGCAAAGUAAUUUUUAUUGAUAUAAUAGUGAUUUACAAAACAGAUAAUAUUCUAGUUAACAGAAUAAUAGCAAUGAUUGGGAUGUGAUUAUUAAGUAAAAACCAGAGAAAUAGAAUCAAUAAACUAAUGAUCAUUUUUAAGAGGAACCAUCAAAAUCUUUUAAUUUAAUAAGUGGAAUUGAAAAUUUAGCUUUCGAACCAUCCCAAUAAUUUAAAGAAUAUAGUUAAUGUUUUUAUAUUAGUGACAAAUGUACAUAUUGCCAUACUUGUUUUGAUGACUAUAAUAUAAAAUAAGAUAUAAGUUGUUCAUUGCAUCAAAUAGGAGCCUGUUGUAUAUAUGCAAUUUAUUAAUAAUGUCCUCAGUGUGAAAACAUUAUUGAAAAAUUAAAUUCUUACAAGUAUAUACUAAUAAUUCACUAGAUUUACAAAAUUUACACCUGAAAUCAGAAAUGUUAAUGAACUAAUAGAUUAAAAUAAAAAAUACCCAGGAUAAGAAAAUAAUCGAUAAAGCCUUACAAACCCAACUAUGGAAGAAAUAUAUGGAAAAACUAAUUUUGAAAUGAAUCAUGGAACUUUAAUUAUCAAUUAGAGUGAUGAUUUCUAUUUAACAAUGAAUAUUAAGAAUCAAUAAAUCUAAAAAGAUUUUAACUAGUAACAUAAAUGA